AUGCGUCGGUGUUCCGGUGUGUCUCAGAGCCUGGAGGUGUUGAGCCUGGGCGUGAGGAGUCUAGGGGUGCUGCACCUGGGGGUGCUACGGCGUCUGGUGAGCAGUCUCCCUGGAGCGGCCGUCUCCGUAGUCGCUCUGCUAGUGCCUCGCCACUGCACUCUCGUCGUCGUCUCCCUCUCUCCCACAACAGCUGCGAGGGGUACGUUAGCCGUGAGGGUCGCACUGCUGGAGCUAGGGGCCUUGUUGCGGGAGGCGCUGGAGCUGGUGACUCUGCUACUGGAGUUGUUUCUACUGGAGUUCCUGGGGCAGCUGGUCCCAGAGGUGCUCGUACUGGAGGGGUGCCGGGUUCUGGGGGUGCUACUGCUGGUGGCGCUAGAGCUGGAGGUUCUGGAGGUGCUGCGGGUGCUGGCGCUGGAGGUUCUUGAGCUGUUGGAGGUGCUGGCGCAAGUGGCGCUGGAGCUGGAGUUUCUGGAGCUGCUGCAGGUGCUGGCGCUGGAGGUUCUGGAGCUGUUGGAGUUGCUGGCGCAGGUGGCGCCGGAGCUGGAGGUUCUGGAGCUGCUGCGGGUGCUGGCGUUGGAGGUUCUGGAGCUGCAGGAGGAGCUGGAGCUACAGGUGCUGGUGGCGCUGCGCCGCCGCGACUGUUCUUCGCUCCGCCGUCACCUUCAUCUCUGCCACCGCCUGGCUCCGUGCUUCGUCAGGUUCUUUGCCUCCCGUCUUCUACUGGUCUUCCGUUACCGCCUGGCUCAUCGCUGCCUGCUCCUUCUCCUUACACUAAGCUGA